CAAAACUGCGAUACUAUCUUAUCGAUAACAACUUCAGGUUUAGGAAUCUUAUGUUACUAAAUAAUUUUGAUAGGAUGAACCUGGCUUAUUAGGCCGGCGAGAGAACGUGCACAAAACUUCAGAACUUUCGGUUCUCGCCAAACAGCGUAUGCAAUUGUACUGCGAUUCUUCCUCAACGUACACAUUGUGAAUGCGUUUAAUAAACAAAAAAUAAUACAGAGAGCAAAAGCAAAAAGUGAGACAAAAUCCAACUUAUUAAAGUUUAUGACCGGUGAAUUGAGUUUAAACGGUAUAGUGUUCAUUUAUCGAAGAUGGUAAUGCAAAGAUGCGAGUGUUUAAGCAACGAUUUGUGCAUCAAUGUACGGAUUGCUGAUGAAACUGUGCACGCGGCUCGUGUACUUCUAGACUCUACUAGAGAUCUCAUAAAAGGCUUUCUAGUCUACGCAAGCUGGUCCACACAAUCGAAUCGUCUGUGAAACUUCUCAUCUAAUGUGCAAUUGUGGUGCAUAUUGAACCUAGAUGUCUGCUUUGGGCACCGCUACUUAUACCGAAACGCAUCCUGGAAUAAACUAGAAAAUACAGCGCGUCCUAAUUCUGGUUUGAAUCAAAUUCGCAAUGAACAACACAGCGGAUGAUAUGGCGGCAAGCGACAUCCGGACGCUGGCCGGUCCCAGCGGGGAAGCUGUAGCAGGUGGAGCCACAAGCCUGAUUCGCGAGUCAUGGACUAUUGAUACCCUCAAGAUCUUUAACACCUACUAUAUGGCUGUAGCUAUUUAUGCCGGAUUGUUGGGCAAUCUUCUAUCGUUUCUUACCUUCACAUCGACACACCUUCGCGCCCGAACUUCUAGUUAUUAUAUGAGCGCGCUGGCCGCGUCAGAUUUCGGCUACCUCUUUGUGCUGUCGUUCAACUGGCUUGCAGCACACGGGUUUAACAUUUAUCUCAACCCGGGCGCCUGUGAAAUUGCGUUUUUUCUCUCAGGAGUAUUUGCCUCAUUGUCUGUUUGGCUGACGGUUGGCUUCACAGCUGAACGGUAUCUGGCAGUUUGUUAUCCGCUUUGGAGACUCCACCUGAGUACGAAAAGGCGAGCAAAGGUCGUUGUAGCAGUACUCGUGAUACUCAGCAUUAUAGCGAAUCUUCAUGCCCUCUUCACCGUCACAUUAAAACCCGAUGGAGAUUCCUAUGAGUGCAGUGCAGAUGACAGCUAUGAACAAGUUGUGUACUACGCAAACAUAGUGGAUACACUGACCACGUUUGUCCUUCCAGUGCUAUUGAUCUCUAUGAUGAAUCUGAUGAUUGCGAGAUCCACCUUUCUUUUCUAUGCACGUUGUCGUCAACAAAGACCAACGUUGUACGUACGUACCUCAAAUGGACCAACGCCAGAACCGCUCAAAGUACUAAACACGCUAAAUGGGGGCCCUGUUAUGCUCCAACAACAGCAGCAGCAGCAGCAGCAGCAUUUUUGCAAAAUGGAGAUAGGAAUAACACAACAUAAUGGGAACACAGCUCCAUCACUGGUAAACAAUCGAACGUCUGGCCGAACUUUAGGAGUGUCGUCGGCUUCUCUCGGUAUUAGCGGUAUGGCUGUUCCGUCUGCGAUUCAAAUCACGGUGACUCGAAUGCUCUUGCUAGUGUCUACCGUCUUCGUCAUUCUUAAUCUGCCAUUUUACCUAUCCAGAAUCUAUCUACACUCAUACCAAAAUUCGAUACCCGACAACUCAUACCUCUAUGUGCUUCAGCGAUAUUUCAUGCUUCUAUACUAUACCAACUUCUCGAUCAACUUCGUCUUGUACAACGUAUCAUCUCGGAUGUUUCGCAUUGCGAUGUGUGACUACCUUUACUCGCGGUGGCUGUGGGUCAAAGCAUCGCUGGUGGCUUGGCGGCCUUCGAGUUUCUGUUCAAGUUCGAGUGUACAACUCGAACAGGAAGGACAGUUCCUGAACCAUCACGUCGUAACCCUGCAUCGUCACGCAUCUGGUGGUCAUCAUGCGCUACGUAGGGACCAUCAGCUUCUACACGCCAGCGAAACUUGCAGUGGUCGCAGACAGCUGGAGAUGAAUAUAUGAAGGUUGCCGGCCUCUCCGGAGACUGCCACGUCCCUGGGGGGGCCCUCAGAUGAUGCUUCUGAAAAACCGAUUACCAAAAGCGUUGUUAUGGUUCAUUGCCAUUAAGAGGACAUUAAUCGUUAGUGAUCAAUGCAUCAUCCAGGGGAGCGAAUCCUACAGAUAGGUAAAUUUAGAGAUGCUGUGUGCCUACCGCGCACAAAUACCAAGGACCUGCUUAGUUCAAGCUCGCUGGCGCAAUCGAUAUUACGAUUCUUUUUAACUCCUGAUCCCAUUGAAAAUGUUGCUGCAAUCUGCACAUGUAAAUACGCAUUUAAGAUACCGUGUUUUCUCGAUGGUAUUCGCAACGUACUAAGGCUAAACGGUAAGCUACACCAAAUGUAAAUAAUAGGUAGCAAUGAAACUGUGUAGGUGAUCGUACAUGUAAAAACAUGUAUGUUAGAUAAUAUAAUGCAUACACAUAGCGGGUAGAAUGGUUCGAUUCGACGCUCAUGAAUGUAAAUAAAAGUUUUACAACUUGACUCUAUAUAGAGUUAAGUUGUAAAACUUUUAUAUAACUUUUAUAGAGACCAUAGACGACUUGUCAGAAAAUAGCAAAGAGCUAUUACAAAACGUGUCAUAACGGCUAAAAAUUUUAUUGGCGCUUCUUCGUAACAGGAACAGGACAAUGAGACUCAUCGCUAAAGAGCCACUGUAAAAAGAAGGACAUGGAAAAGAAAUGUCACUUUUAUUUUUUAAAAUUAACUAUCUUUUUGAAUAUCGCAAUGAAAUGAAAUACGAUUUUUUACGAUAAAUAAACCUGGAUAGUGUUAAAACGUUUUCUAAUAUAUCAAAAAAAAAAAACAGUAUUUACAGUGUAUAUGUAGUUUAUUUUGUCUUGCCGAUCUUGGUAGGCACUAUGACCGCACCUGUAACUGUUUCGAACCUUUAUGCCGUACAGCGGGACCUGCAAUCUAUCCCUUAAAUAGUGGAGGGAGCGGUUUGUUCAACCUAAAACGUUCAUAGGUAUUGACGUAGGUCACGCUCUCAACGUCGAAAAACGUGCUCCGUUGGCUCAUCGAAACAGGUCAGAAAAUUUUUUUGCAUAACUGUCUAACAGUUCAUUUAACGUUAAUUUUGAAAGUGUUAAAAAUAACCUAGCGUUCAUAUAUUGUUGAUCAGCUGUAGCCAAGUUGAGGCAUAUUGUUACUGCUGUCAGGGUUGAAAGGAGCAUCUCUUGCGUACGCGAUCCAUAUUUUUUGAAUCAAAAAUGUACAAUUGUAUAAUCAUGAAUACUUUUUGUACAGGAAAAAACUAUUAGAGAUUACUUUCGGCUAUGGUUUUACAGUUUGGUUCUAUUCUAUCGAUGUUAAUCAAACGCUUCCGUAUAAACACUAUUAAAUCUAUUCAGCGACCCAAAGGUACUUUCUAGCCUCUUUGGAUUUUGCUGGCCAAAUGCCUUUUGCAACUGGACUGAAGUACUGCACAAAAGAAUAAAUAGAACCAAUUAUUGUUUGUGUAAUAACUUUUCUUGCACUAUGUAGGUCAACUCGCCAUAGACAAAACUAUAUAUGGCAGCUCUUUUUUUUUGCCUCCAAGUGGGUCUAGGAGUUCCAGCGGCCCGAAUAUCGUCAAGCUCUUAUAUAUUGCUAUUGGCGAGGAUACACCCACUGACGGUAAUCGCAUUGUUGGCUUUACAGAUCCGAAGCUAAACUAUUUGGCCUCAUAUUUUUGUGGAUUUGGACGAGUUUAUCUACAUAUAUAUUUUCAUGGUGUCGAGUCUUGUAGGCUACUUGAUAACACAGCUUUAAAUACUACGAAUAUUGCUUGUGCUUAGAGUGACAUAGUACCUUGAAGACUUUGAAAGGCAGAUUGGCGCUCAAUAUAGCUAGCCGUGAAUGUAGAUAAAAAAAAAAAAUGCAUGUUUGAGUAAUGCUGAAAAAUCGUCAGGUGAUUAUGAGGAUGCUUAUGAAGACAUGUGUAUAUAUGUAUACAUAUAUAAACACGGUGAUACUUUCAAAUCAGUGAAAACAUUGGCGGGCUGUUUAUCAUAACGAGUCUGUAUUCAUCCGCUGUUCCUGCUGGCAGACAAAAACCAGUUCUUCCUAUAAUAAAACCAUCUGUACAUAACGAACACUGGUGUGCAUUCAAGCUAAUAAAUGCUUUAAUAGUAAAGAUAUUCUUUUUGUUCGAAAU